UCUUCGUGAACUUUACUGUAGCUGUUCGUUCCGUAGCGUUUGUGUUAAAAAAAUGAGCGACACCAAAGCUUUUCUGACAACGAAUGGUGGGCUGUCGGACGAAGCAGUAGCCGCAGCUUGUAAAGCUGGAGAGCCGCUGACAAAGGACUUCAUGAUGCAGCAGACUAUGUUGCGUGUUAAGGAUCCAGUUAAAUCUUUAGACUUCUACACCAGGAUCCUCGGCCUGACGCUCCUGCAAAAGAUUGACUUUCCUUCCAUGCGUUUCUCUCUCUUCUUCUUGGGAUAUGAGGAAAGCAAAGAUAUUCCUGAAGAUGUGAAAGAGAGGACAGCCUGGACAUUUUCCAGACGAGCUACCAUCGAACUGACCCAUAAUUGGGGAUCCGAGUCUGACAAGAACCAGUCUUACCACAAUGGAAACUCAGACCCACGUGGGUUUGGACACAUUGGAAUUGCGGUUCCGGAUGUCUAUGCAGCGUGUGAAAUGUUUGAGAAACAAGGAGUUACGUUUGUUAAGAAGCCAGAUGAUGGCAAAAUGAAAGGUUUGGCCUUCAUCCAGGACCCCGACGGUUACUGGAUUGAGAUCCUGAGUCCCAACAACAUGGUCUCGAUUACCUCUAACUAACGUAACAGUCGACAUGCUGCGGUGCAUCCAGGUUUGCUGCGGCUUCACUCAGAACACUGGGGCUUAGCGGCGAGUUUGUCAGCGCUCAAGGGAGAGCCUGUAUUUAAUGAACUCUGAGGGAGGAUGUUCAGGGAUCGCCUGUGCCUGGCUGUGGGAUGGACUAAUGUUGCAAAAUUGUAAUGCAAAUAGAUGGGAUAAAAUAAUUUCUUAUUAAUAGCAUUGACUUCUUAUUGUCAGCUUUGUUUAGUUCAGACAGUGAAACUCGAAACGCGUGGAAUUACUGUGCAAUAAAUGCAAAAAAGCCAGCUGUCAAACA